AUGGAGACUUACUUUAACAAGAAUAGGCAUCCAAAUUACGAAUUAUCACAUAUAAUUCUUCUACUGCGUACUUUACCCACCAGUCUUGCCAGAAGAUCCGCGAAAUUACCGCCUUAUGUCCGCCGACUCCUAUUCUUACAUGGUCACGUGUCUUCUUAUUUCCGCUGUGGGAAUCUACCGCAGAAUCACCGCGAAAGUCCCGCUUCGACAUCAUUAUUUUGUUUCUGAGUUCUGGACAAUCGCCGCUGGUAUCUGCGCGCUGGGUUUGACGGAGGCUUCCGCGGGAACUUUUGGAGAUGCAGCUCAAACGAGGACUACCGCGAGAAUCAUGCGAUUUCUGCCACCGACGAAAGGUCAAAUGCGACCGCUCACUACGCGCACGGCAGGGUCUUGCCUCAUGUUCUCAAUGCACCCUGCGCCAGGGACCUUGUAUUUUGAAUGACCCGGCCGAGAGACGUACACGACGGCGUGGCCACCAGGUUGCUCACGGAGGUAGUGCGGGCGUGACGCUAGGCGACGGAGGGCCACGGAUGGCCCGGAUUGACAUAACACCGGGGGAUAAUCCAGCGGCGGUCUCGUCUGCUUCGGCAUCACAACUUGAACCUGUACUGCCACUGCAGGAAGCUCCUUCAACAUUGAUACAAUAUCCCGAUGAUAUGUUCGGUGAAGAUUUUCUCGGUCUGAGUCGUGAUAAUAUCUUCUUUCUCGAUCAAGUCUUCAUGGGUGACGGUGCAGGAUCAUUGGAAUGGCUCGGCCAAGCGCAGGAAACACAUCAAGAUACACAACCCUCUCCCACCGGAGAUGACCAGACUGGUAACGACAAACCACAACCACAAUGCCAAACAGAACAAUUUGAACAAUUCCCCGGGCUGGACAGCGUUGCAGGUUCGAAAAACGCUUUUACUACUGCAUUACAUUGCUACUUCAAGUUCGCGGCGCCAUGGCUGCCGAUUCUGCUUGAGGACGCCUUCUGGCAAGACUACCAUAACGGAAGGUGUAGUCAAAUUUUGGCUUCUGCUAUAGCCUGCCGUGGGAUGCCCUACACGACUGUUCCCGACAAAUGGAAUCUUCAGCAGCGUUUUGCCCACGACUUUCGAGAGGCAUUUCUGGGUGCCCAGAGCAUAUCUUCCAAUGACGGAACGAUCAGGCUUGACGACCUUGAAGCGCUGGCUCUUAUGAUCAACUUUGAAUACGAAGAUUCCAAUAGUCCGCCACUCCAUUCAAAUCUAGGAAGACUCUUCCUAAGACACGAAUCGCUCGUUAUGAUGACGUUACAAUUCCGUAUCCAAGAUCGUGUCUCCACGGGGACAGACUCAUUAGUGGCAUUGGCCAGAGCUCGAGAGCGGUGCGUGCUCCUUUAUUGGCACGUAUAUGGCCUUGAUGCCUUCCAUUGCUUGGAUCGUAAACAGAUAUCUCUGGUUCCCGACAAGGACGCAAGCGACAAGGACACUCUUCCCCAAUCCGAGGCUAGAGACUUCCUCGAUACCAUCUUUGAACUCGCAGUCAUUGCCCGAAGUAUUCUGCAAAAGCUGGGUAACAAUACAGCAAAACGUCGUGGGGCUGAGCCGAACGACGUGCAUGACAUAUAUGCCCAAAUUAAUCAAUGGAGAAACCACACUUGCCCCCGUCAUUUGCGCAGAUAUGAAGAAACUCCAGGGAUAGUGACAACUCACGACAAUAACAACGGUCACUCAACUGAGAUGCAGCGACACAUUAAUCUUCAUCGAGCCGUACUAUGGGCAUUAGAGAUUAAUUGUUUAAUGCAAGUUGAGUGCUUUGUAUCCGACUUUGGCAUCAAUGACACUGGAGAUUUGCGGGUGGAGAUGACUACGACGCGUGUGGAAUAUGAAUGCCUCUGUGCUCUGAAUGACAUGAUGGCUAUAUGUCGCUGGGUUGAUAUGCAUGCUGUCUGCGAUGAAGAUGGCAAGCAGCACUCUCUGAUCGAUCUCGCGCCAUUGGCACUACGCAAUGUGUGUGCUGGGCUAUGUUACUGGGCUUGUCAGCGCGGCAUCAAGUCGACUCGACUCCCCAGUACGAAAACCCCCGUGGCCCCUGUGGGCAGCAAUCGCUCUUCGAUGAAUAGUCAAAAACACCCCGCUCAAGCUUAUAUCGAAAAUGCGCAGCUGUUACGAGACGCAGCUUCAAAAGCAACGUCACAAAAGGACACGGCGGAUGUCCUAGAUCGUCUCGACAAACAAAUCGCCUCGCUCAAGGCAGCAUUGGGGGAUGUCCUAGGGGCCAAUGAGUGAUAUUGCAUACCUAGAUCCUGCUUUCGUAAACAACAUCAUUAAUGGAGUAACAGCAGACCAUAAAGGGUUCAUAUUUUUAAUAGCUCUUUAUUCUCUUACUUCGAUAUCCCAGCCGUGGUAAGGGCACGUGAGGACAGCGACAUAUAGGCGCUAGAUUCCAGUCUGAGGAAGAUUGUGUAUAAGGCUAAAGAGGAGCUUAGACCUCAGCUAUCAGACAAAUGUGUUAAGG